AUCCGCCGCGGGUUCGCCAGUUCAUAUCUGAACGAUCCUUGAGUCUUCAACCUGAUGUAUACAAACCAAAACGAAUUUAGUCGCUCUUGAUGAACAAACUGCGAUUCUGCAUGAAUAUCAUGGAUUACAAUUUAUAGUUUCCUUCGAAGCAAAUCAUAAUUUGCCAACAUAUGAGAUACAUAACCCAAAAGACGCUAUCAGGACAUAUCUUACGAUCUCCUCAGACUUACGGUAUACUCUGGAGUGUAUCUGCUGAAAGAAAAUGGAAUAUCAAAAGAGGAUUCUGUUGCUUUUACUGCUGAAGAUAUUUCUUGUAGGAGUGGUAACGUCCCAGAAGAAUAUCAUCAACCUGGAAAAUGGAGCCUACUCAAAUAUACUCAUCGCAAUCAACAAAAACGUGCCUGAGAAUCUGACCAUCAUCGAAAAUCUCAAAACGAUGUUUACAUCAGCAUCUCAGCGUCUCUACAAUGCCACGAAGCAGCACGUCUACUGGGGGCAUAUCAAGAUUCUGGUCCCAAACACAUGGUCCAUCCAGAGCCAGUACCAGUUUGCUAGGACCGAAAACUCACAGUCUGCAAACAUUCUCGUGCAUAGCCGUACAGAUGACGAACCGGUUGUCGAAAAUUUCGUAGGUUGUGGGACCGAAGGAACUCUGAUGCACUUGACACCGUCCUAUAUACUAGAUAUGCAGUACCGAGAAAAAAUGUUUGGCAACACAGAUAGCGUCUUAGUCCGAAACUGGGGGUAUUACCGCUGGGGAUUGUUCAAAGAACACUACGACGGUGACAAACGCACUGAUCCUACCUACCCAUCCGAUGGUGGCACAGAAGGAACCCGCUGCUCUCUCAAGAUCAAGGGAAAUAUUGAGAUGCCUGAUGGAACUACUUGCCAGUUUAAUGACAACCAGAGUGGUGAUAAUAGCAAAUGCCGCUUCGUUCCUGAUACUAUAGGACAGACGGCUACAGCUUCACUGCUGUUUGGAACCAGAGAUCCUCACACACAAUCGGUAAACUCUGUCCUUGAGUCAAGGAUAGAGGAGUUCUGUGGUGACGAUGCAUCAGACCCAGAUAACCUACACAACCCCCACGCACCAAAUCUCAUGAAUAGGUUAUGCGAUAGAGACAGUGCAUGGAAGGUCAUGACGGAACGGACAACAGACUUCCAGGCCGGUGUCCAACCUGUCUCUAACACCACUCCUGUAUUUGAGGUCAUCCAGCUCUCGUCAGUCAGAAGUGUAGUACUUGUCCUCGACAUCAGUGGUAGUAUGGCAGGGAACCGAUUUCACCUAAUGAUCCAGUCAUCUGCUGAAUUCAUCAUGAAUGUAAUUCCCUCAGACAGCAAGCUCGGAAUCGUAGUCUUCGGAUCGACAUCGGAAAUCGGGGCAGGUCUUACGGAUAUUACCGAUACUGCUUCACGUGAGAGACUCGUCAAUGCUUUACCGCUAUCUACCAAGGGUUUCACGUGUAUUGGAUGCGGGAUAUCGUCAGGCAUUGAGGUAUUGGGGUCAUAUGCACAAGGUGGAUACAUGUUACUCCUCAGUGAUGGAGGAGAGAAUAGAGUUCCAUACAUCAGAGAAAAGUAUGACGACAUUGAGAACUCAGGAUUCAUAAUUGACACUAUCACUAUAAGCAACGCAGCUGAUCAGCAAAUGGAAGAUCUUUCAAAUAGCACUUCUGGCAUAUCUAGCUUCUGUUCGGAUACCGGACCUGUGAAUUGUCUAAUAGAUGCAUUCCAUAGCAUCAUAACGGAGAGACCUGACGUUGGCAUGGAACCGGUUCCUGUACAGAUCUACAGUACCGUGGUCAUCAUCGAACGUGAUUCUGGCUUCUCCAUUAUUUCGGUGGUCAUUGACGCCGAAUUGGGCAAUGAAACGGUGAUCGUGGUGACCUGGGCGAAGAGUCAUUCGAUAUCAAUCGUUCUUACUGGGCCAGACGGUACUCGAGUUGACUAUACAGACUCUCGCUAUCACAUUGAUAUGGACAACAAGAUUGUGACGAUCAACUUACCCCUGGCGCAGGAGGUGAAUUAUGCAGAUACUCCAGCACUAGCUAUAUAUGCUCAGGUUCAAAGGGAUUUUGGGUCUGUUCUUAAUGCUGACGUCACAGCUAUCAUUUCGGAUACAUUUAACACGACCACGAGGACAUUGCGCGACGACGGGUCAGAGCCGGAUUUAACACCAAAUGACGGGACAUAUUCAGCGUACUUCAUAAGCUUCACUUCUAAUGGCAGAUAUAACGUCAAGGUCGAUGUCAUCGGCUAUGAUGUCGCAGAAAAUCAGAGAAGAAAAAGGUCAACUGAAGUGGAGACUGCAGUGGAGCCAUCUUUCAUGCGUACAGCAUCGGGAGGAGUCUUCAAGGUCCAAGGUUACACUCCCAACGCCGCUGAUAUUCUACCACCUUCCCGUAUCCAGGACCUGGUCUAUACGUCAUUCUCCUAUGAUAACAGCACAGUGACCCUCAGGUGGACUGCUGUAGGAGACGACUUGGACCAAGGAACGGCAUAUAAUUACGAACUUCGCUAUUCCUCCAACUUCGAUGACGUCCGAAACAACUUCAGCAACAGUCAUGAGGUCACACAGGAUCAACUUAUCUCCGGGAACCUAUCCUUUAUCAGUCCAGCAGGGGUUAUUGAGACUGUCACUAUUUCACUCCCUCAGAGGGAAAAAGAUAUCAUCUACUAUUUCGCAAUUCGAGCUUGGGAUGAGGAAGGGAACGGAGGGGACUUGUCCAACAUCGCUUCCCUGUUGAUCCGCUUCAUACCGGUGUAUGUACCCACCACCGAACCACUACCAGCGUCUGUACCCACCACCAUCGAGCCAAUACCGGUGUAUGUAACCACCGUCGAACCAACUGGACCAGACAACCUGGCCAUGAUCAUCGGGUUGUGUUGUGCAGUGGGUGUGGUAAUCAUCGUUGGAGCAGUCAUACUGUGCGUAUACUUCUACCGGAAAAAACACACUGGAGAGAUGAAAUUUGGGUCAGCAUCGGGGCUGGCAGGGCUGCCAGACGUGGAGGGGAUGCAUCAGAAUCCAACCUAUGAUAACCCUACUUUCUCUAGAAAAUGA